AUAAACCAUCAGGAACAACCUAUCUUCAGCACCCGAGCUCAUGUCUUCCAGAUUGACCCAAACACUAAGAAGAACUGGGUUCCCACCAGCAAGCAUGCUGUUACUGUGUCCUACUUCUAUGACAGCACAAGAAAUGUCUAUAGGAUAAUCAGCUUGGAUGGCUCAAAGGCAAUAAUUAAUAGCACUAUCACCCCCAACAUGACAUUUACUAAAACAUCCCAGAAGUUUGGCCAGUGGGCAGACAGCAGGGCAAAUACUGUCUAUGGCUUGGGAUUUUCCUCUGAACAUCAUCUUUCAAAAUUUGCAGAAAAAUUUCAGGAAUUCAAAGAAGCUGCACGAUUAGCAAAGGAGAAAUCCCAAGAAAAGAUGGAGCUAACAAGUACACCUUCACAGGAAUCAGCAGGAGGGGACAUUCAAUCUCCUUUAACACCAGAAAGCAUUAAUGGAACAGAUGAUGAAAGAACAACUCCAGAAGUGACACAGAACUCAGAACCAAGGGCUGAACCAACCCAGAAUGCAUUGCCAUUUACACAUAGUUCGACAAUCAGCAAGCACUGGGAGGCAGAACUGGCCACACUUAAGGGUAACAAUGCCAAGCUCACAGCAGCUCUGCUGGAGUCCACUGCCAAUGUAAAACAAUGGAAACAACAGCUUGCUGCAUAUCAGGAGGAAGCAGAACGUCUACAUAAGCGGGUGACUGAGCUGGAGUGUGUGAGCAGUCAAGCAAAUGCAGUCCAUACACAUAAAACAGAAUUAAACCAGACAAUACAGGAAUUAGAAUCCACACUGAAGAAGAAAGAAGAGGAAAUAGAAAGAUUGAAACAAGAAAUUGAUAAUGCCAGAGAGCUUCAGGCACAGAGGGAUGCUUUGACCCAGAAGCUCCAGGAAGUAGAAAUUCGAAACAAGGACCUGGAAGGACAGCUGUCUGAUCUAGAGCAACGUCUGGAGAAAAGUCAGAACGAGCAAGAAGCUUUUCGCAAUAACUUGAAGACACUUUUAGAAAUUCUUGAUGGAAAAAUCUUUGAACUAACAGAAUUACGAGAUAACCUGGCCAAGCUAAUAGAAUGCAGCUAA